AUUUUGCAACUUUUAAGGACAAGUGUGGACUACGGGCGGGAGGACCCUCAUCCGCGAGAACUUUAACGGAACGCCGCGACCGUUAGUUGAGCCAUGCGUUCACGCCAGCUAGUGAACGAGUGAACGAGGAUCCCGGACUCUUGUUGGCUAGCAGCGUGGUCCGGCUGGUCCCCUGAGGCCUGGAUGAAUGCUGUUGCGGCGACUGGUGUGCGCUGGUGGUGACUGGUGCACCUUGUCCUGCAUCUCUUUUCUUCCGCUAGUGCAUAGGCAAAGCGGCUCAAAGGCCAGCAAUCCGUCUUCGGGCGAGCUUUACUGUUUGACACCAAUAGGGAUGCGUUGGCCGUCCGAACAGCGUGUCAAUCAAUUCUUUGUCAAAACAUCAGCGUCCGUGAUUGGGAGAUCAAUGCGCUCCACUAGGCGAAAUCGGAAACGACCACAACGUGAUGUGCCUCGGAACGAAGAAGGAAAGAUACGUGACGGAGGAACAACCCACGCAUGCGACACUACGGACUCGUUUUGCUCAACAACACCGCUAGCAGCUAGUAAAGAGCUCCGGUGACGCUGUCCGAUAUGUGGCUAGUUGCGAUGCGGUUCAUGCGACUCUUUCAUAUUAACGAAUAGAGAGAGGAGAUUUUCUUGCUGAUCUGUGUUGACGCAAUUGCUGGUCAUGAAGGGUCUCCAUGUCGUUCAAAUAUCCCACCCAUGCUGAGACCGUUU